AUGGUUACUGCCCCGACUCCGGCGGUGAUCGCGAGCGCCAAGGCAGACCUUGCAGUGCUGCUCACAAAGCAGUUCCAGGACGACAUCAACCAGCUCCGCGACGCCCUGGACAGCGCGAACCAGCUGGUGGCGCUGCUCAAGACGGAGAACGCGACCCUCAAGGGCGCGCUCAAGGAGACCAACGAGAGCUACGACUUCGACGCCAACAUCCCGCCCGUCACGCGCGCGAGGAACGGCGCGCCGGAGUCGGAGCGGUCGGGCCUGCUGCGGCCGCCGCCCGAGGGCACCAUCUUCUCCAACGGCGGCGCGUGCGGGAGGAAGGACGGCGGGAAGGGCAACAGGCAGCUCAUGCAGCAGCUCAACCGCUGGACCCAGGCCCACGGCUACAAGGUCAAGAUCUUCCGCAGCAAGCCCUCCGGCACCAAGCUGAAGCUCGUCAUCAGCUGCAUCUACAGCGGGACCGCGAAGGACGUCACGGCCGCGCGCCGCGCCGAGGAGGAAUUGGAGAGGGCCAGGGCGUUGGCCGCGUUGGCGCCGCCGGGUUUCCACUCCGGUUUCCACUCCUUUUCCCUCACAGAAGCGCCUGUGCCGCCGCCGCAGGCCCAGGCUCAGCCCCAGCCCGAGGGUGAUCCCCAGGUGCCGGCGAAGAAGCCGAGGAAGAAGAUGACCCCGCGGCGCAAGGACUGCCCGAUGAGGUUCUACCUGCAGGAGCUCGUCGCCGGGAGCGGGACGUUUGUCGUCAGGCACAGCGAGCAGUCGGUGAACCAGCGGUGCAACCACGAGCCCAACGUCGUGUUCGCAGCUGACGCGGAGGCCUCGACUCAGAGUCCGGGGCAGGAGGAGCAGCCGGAUGCGGAUGCGGACGCGGACGAGGACGAGGAUGAUGAAAUGGAGUAG